AUGGACUUCAGCUGGAAGGAAGCAAGACAGCUCUUUCCUAAUGAAUUGCACGACUUUGUUGACGAAUGCUACUCACCAGCCCGCCUAGCCAAGAUCACAGAUGCCGAUAUCGAAAAGUUCAUGAAAGGCAAGCCGGAGCGAACAGCGGAUGACCGCUCAUGGGACCAUAAGAUAGAGCUUCUGACUGGAAAAGAACCUCCGUACCAAAAGACACGCCCAAUGAACCCACAGGAACUCAAAGUCAUACGGAAAUGGCUGGAUGAUAACCUGUCUAAAGGGUUCAUACGGGAGUCCCGAGCCCGCUGUGCAGCACCACUACUCCUUGCCGCGAAGCCAGGAGGUGGUGUCCGGAUCUGCCAGGACUACCGCGGUCUUAACAACAUCACCAUAAAGAACCGCUACCCACUGCCUUUGAUCCGUGAGACUCUAGAUGCCCUAUGCAACGCCAAAGUCUAUACGAAACUAGACAUUAUCGCCGCAUUUAACAAAAUCCGCAUCGCCGAGGGAGAUAUAUGGAAAACAGCCUUUAUCACACGGUUUGGCUUGUUUGAAACAUUGGUUAUGCCGUUCGGCCUCUGCAACGCCCCAGCAACCUUCCAGAACUACAUCAACCAUACCUUAUUCGACCUUCUGGAUAAGUUCUGCACCGCCUACCUUGACGAUAUCUUGAUAUAUUCAACAGAUAAGAAGCAACAUAGGGAACACGUCCGCGAGGUAGUCACACGACUUCGCGAUGCAGGCCUCCAGAUUGAUAUCGACAAAUGCGAAUUCGAAACAACUAGGACGAAAUACCUUGGGCUGAUCGUUACGCCUGGAGGUGUCGAGAUGGACCCCGACAAGGUCUCUACAAUCCUCAACUGGAAGCCACCAACAGCACUCCGCGACUUACAAAGAUUCCUCGGCUUUGCAAACUUUUAUCGCCGCUUUAUCCGUGACUUCUCCAAGAUCACCCGGCCAUUAAAUGACCUCCUGAAGAAGAGCACAAUCUGGUCCUGGGAGGUAGAACACCAAACCGCCUUUGACCGACUGAAAGCCGCAUUCUCCGUAGCACCGGUUCUAGCCUUAUAUGACUAUAAUAGGAAAACUGUACUUGAAACAGACGCCUCGGACUGGGCGUCUGGAGGAGUCUUGUCCCAGUAUGAUGAUGAAGGCGUACUGCGACCUGUAGCCUACUUCUCGUCAAAACACUCGGCCCAGGAAUGCAACUACGAGAUCUACGACAAGGAACUACUGGCGAUCAUUAAGGCUCUGGAAGAAUGGAGGCCUGAGCUUCAAGGGACCCAAGAACCCUUCGAAGUCAUCACGGACCAUAAGAACCUUGAAUAUUUCACAACAACCAAGGCUCUAAACCAACGACAAGUCCGCUGGUCCGAGUUCCUGUCAGGCUUCAACUUCCGUAUUGUUUAUCGACCAGGCACCAAAGCCGUCCGUCCAGAUGCGCUAAGUCGAAAGCCAGAAGACCAACCCAAGCGCGCAGACACAAACGACGACCGCAUUAAGAACCGCCAACGGACCAUUCUGCCAGAACACAUCUUUGACCCAGAGGCCCUGGCUGAACUGACUCGAGAAGUCAAUGGGGAAUUCGACCUCGCUGCCGCCCCGAUAGACGUUAUCAUGCCAGCCAUGGACAAACCCAUCGAUGAACUGGUCGAUAGAGCCUACGAAAAUUCAGAGAUGGCCCAAGACAUGCUGACGGCCCUGAGAGACGCAUCAACCCACCGCCGCUGGCCCAAGAAAUGGCGAAAGGAACUUCGCGUAGCAAUGGCAGACUGCUCUGUCAUUGGGAAUCGCAUAUACUACCGCGAGAAGCUCUUCAUACCACCCAACGAUCAGGAACUAAAGACCCAGGUUAUUUACCCCUCUGUCUUUAUCAGCCGAGUCUAUUGCCUCCAUGGCACACCCGACAAUGUCAUCUCCGACCGCGGUUCCCAAUUCAUCUCCGAGUUCUGGCGCCAAGUCUCCGACCGCCUAGGAUUCGCCACGAACAACGUUACAUCUGAGACCACGGGAGUAUCACCAUUCUUCGCUAACUAUGGUCCGCAGCCCAACGGCGAGUUCCUCAAAGCAAACAACAUCGCCGACCGCUUUGAGCGUAUUAUCACUCAGCUGAAAGCCCUUGCAACCCAAGCCGCCAGACGCUACGAGGAGAACGCCAACCUCAAUCGAGAAGAUGCUCCUCAGUACGCCGAAGGUCAAGAAGUCUACUCUACCCUCAAGCAAAUGGUCUACCCGGCCAAGACGUUAUCAACGAGGCCGAGUCAAAAAACAUCCGAGGACGAGUCCUAG